CACGCGAACAAAUACAGUACCGUAAAGAAGAAAGAAACCAUCCAGUCCGUUUGACACCGACAGCCCGGGAGGCGCGCGUUGGUGCUUCGGGCACGGGACACGGGAUGCAACCGCAGAGCGCAGCGAGCCAACGCCACCGGAAUGGCCGCCAAAGGUGGGGAGGAGAUCCGUGUUCGCAACCAAAAGGCCCAAGGGGGAAAGCUGUUGCUUUCUCUGUUUCGUCUUCCACCCACGGGAACGCAAGCGGCAACCGUCGCUCCCCUCCCCCGUGGCAAAAGCCGGAGGCCUGGUUCCGCCUCGUGGUCCUCGCCUUUGUCGGGAACCUGCUGCUGGCGGUACGAACCAUCGAGCACCAUUCGCGGGGGGCCGACAAAGGGGAAAACAAAGCAAAAUCCCCCCCGGUGUCGCUAACRCUUUUGGGCCUACCGGAACCCUUGGCAACAGCGCCGUCUCAGCGGAAGCGACCGGGGAAGCAGCCCYUGUUUCGGUUUUCCGAGGAGCGUGGGUUCUGGCACCGGUUCUUGCUCCAGGAAGAACACUUGCACAACCCACGAAAGAAGCACAAGAACCACCACGCCCCUGCGGCCGGUGCCACGGGCAACGCCACCGGCAACGCCACCCGAUACCCCUACGGAGAACGAAAACGAGAACGCGGUGGCUUGCGCUGCGGCGAACGCAAAGGCGGAUCGGAUGCCUCGGCCCCAGCCACGGACACGAAGCGGAACAAACACAAACGACCGGGAGUCCAUGCCCUCCCGCCCCUCGGAUUCCAGGACGCCGUGAGGGCCUACGUGGACCGGGAGCGAGAGAAAGAGCGUGGGCGGACACCAUCGUUCCCGGAGUUAGACCCCCUGGGUAGCGAAGGAUCUUCCCAAGGACCUUCCCAAGGACCUUCCCAAGGACCUUCCCAGGGAUCUUCCCCACGUCACCUCCGCCUGCGGUAUUGUUCCUCUCCGCCCCAGGGGCCGUCCUGUUCCUCGGCAAACCACACUGUGUUGGUUUAUUCGGGGGGAAGACCCCGUGGUAACAACAGUGAAAACGACGACAACGACAGCGACGACGAAAAUGCCUACUGGAGGAAYCUAGUGGUCACAACCAUGAAAUUCCUGGCGCGACCCUCCGUCGAGAGGGUCAAUCUGGUGUUGCGACGAGACGAAGGCGAAGACGCCGCGAACGAACAAGACAAACAAGACACACGCAACGGCACCACUACCGCCGUCGCAUCGGUACYCCGCAACAAGUACAGAGCACGGAUCGAAGCGUGGAGGGACACCGACGCGGUGCGGGUGGUGGAGUCGGCCUCGCUGUUUGGGGCCAUCGAUGGGCUGGACGUUCCCUCGGAGGGCCUGGUGUGGGUGGACGCAGAACGGGAACGAGAACGAGGAUCCAGUCCCGGAGCGGGCCACCGUGGCGGUGUGCGGGGCAYGCGRAGGGACACCGCCAUCUUGUUCCGCGCCUGGAGGGAACUCCCGAGUGCGCUGGUCCUCCCCUCUGGGCCCCCACCGGGGGCUGCCGRUGCCCCCGAGCCCGUKGUGUGCCCCCUUUCGUCGCUCCACGGAACCGUGAUGCACAAGCACUACCUCUGCUACCUAAACCACCCGGUAGUGGGGUCCGACCUCCGGAGGCGGCUGGCGGCGGACAAGAAGUUUGGGUGGGAGACCGCGGAGACCGCCAUGGGGAUGCUCCUGCUGGCCAUCGGGGAGGCCUACGUGCUGGUUCAAGUGGAAGACCACCACCGCGGGGAACGACCCGGGGGCGGCCCCGUUCCGGGUCCCGAUGCACGAGAACUCUCGGAGUACUUCUUUGGCUGCGGCGGCCCCUGCGCACCACCCGGAGACGAGGAGGAGGCGCCGGUGCCCGCCAUUCCCCGGUGGAAUCCACCYUCCGAAGGCGACCGCGAAUGCAAGUGACGAACGAACGAACGAACCGGCUUGGGCAAGCCAUGGAAACACAGCAAGUGGCACAGCACCGUGCUGCGGUACAAACCCAAGGCAGAAAAAAUACAGUAGCUACUAGAAGGCAUUGAAAAAAAAACAAAUGAACUA